AGAUGUAAUUUAAUCCUCACAAUAUUGAUCUUGUCUUCCAAGCAGGGAAUAUAAUCAUGGAAAAAGAAGUUUCUUCCCUCACUAAUUGCCUCUCUCGGCAUCAGAAUCACAAUUUAAGAGUCUUUUAAAAGCAGCAAAAGAGGGCAUUUUCGUUUUUCCAUUAGUGGGAUUCUCAUUCACUACCAACCCACUCCCCUAGUGGCCCCUCAACUCCACUCUGCCAUUGGCCUUGCCAGAAUUCCAAUUCCCUAACCCCUACCCUCUUCUUCUUUUUUCCCUCUUUUUUCUUGAAUGGUUUGUGGGUCCCUUGUAUCCCAUCAGCAAGUUCAGAUAAUCUUCGUAAUGAUAUUUAUCAACUCCUUCUGCUUCUUGAUUCAUGGUGGGCUUCAACAACCAUGGCUAAGUCAUCAGAAUUACCAAAACAAGGCCAAAAAUCAUCCAAAAAGUCUUCAUUGGAUGCUAGAGGUUGUCAAAGGUUUGGAGCCUUGCGCUACUGGCAUUCCCAUUUGAAGCUACUAGUUAGCUGGGUCACACUCCUCAUUUUCGUGAAAAUCAGUUAUUCAUCCAAUGGGCCUGAUGUCGAAGGUGAAGCUUUGAUUGAGUUUCUAAGAGCUCUAAAUGAUUCCAAUCGGAUAAUUUCCGAUUGGAAUGAUCAUCUUGUCAGCCCAUGCUUUAGUUGGUCUCAUGUCACUUGUAACAAUGGAAAUGUUGUAUCCUUGAGCUUGGCCUCAAAAGGAUUUUCAGGAACUCUCUCACCCUCGAUUACUAAACUGAAGUAUCUGGUUAGCUUGGAAUUACAGGAUAACAAUCUAUAUGGUGUGUUACCUGAUUAUCUUGGCAGUAUGGACCACCUUCAAUACCUGAAUCUUUCACACAAUGAUUUCAGUGGUUCCAUACCCACUUCUUGGGGCAAUCUCUCCAGUCUAAAGCAUCUGGUGCUAAGCAGUAACCACUUAAGUGGAUCUGUUCCUGAUUCACUUGCAAAUGUUACAGGCUUAAAGGAACUAGAUCUCUCGUCCAACGAGUUAACGGGAACAAUCCCAACAAAGUUGUUUUCCUUGCCAACAUUCGAUUAUUCAGGAACUCGCCUUUCUUGUGGGUCCAGCUUGCAGCAACCUUGUGUUUCUAGUUCCCCCGUUCCAGCAGUUUCCUCCAAGAAGUCAAGACUUGAAAUUGUCAUUGUCAGUCUAAGCUGUGGUGCUUUCAUUCUCCUGUUACUUGGGGCUAUCUUUGUGUAUCGAUGCCGUCAAACGCGUAGAGCCAGGCAUGAUGCAUUUGUGGAUGUUGCUGGUGUAGAUGAAUGCAAAAUUUCCUUCGGCCAAUUAAGAAAAUUUACCUGGCGUGAAAUCCAACUGGCUACUGACAAUUUCAGUGAAAGCAACAUAAUCGGGCAAGGAGGCUUUGGAAAAGUUUACAAAGGUGUUCUUUCAGACAACAUAAAGAUUGCUGUGAAACGUCUCACGGAUUAUCAUAGUCCAGGUGGAGAGGCUGCAUUCCUGAGGGAAGUUCAAUUGAUAAGCGUUGCAGUUCACAGAAAUCUGCUCCGCCUGAUUGGGUUCUGUACAAUGUCAUCUGAGAGAAUUCUUGUUUAUCCAUUCAUGCAAAAUCUGAGUGUUGCAUAUCGCUUAAGAGACUUAAAACCUGGAGAAAAAGGCCUGGACUGGGCCACGAGAAAGCGUGUGGCUUUCGGUGCAGCCCAUGGACUGGAGUAUCUGCAUGAGCAUUGCAAUCCUAAGAUUGUACAUCGUGAUCUAAAGGCUGCGAAUAUCCUUCUGGAUGAUGAUUUUGAAGCUGUUCUUGGUGACUUUGGGCUUGCAAAACUAGUAGAUGCAAGGUUGACUCAUGUUACGACUCAAGUGCGUGGUACUAUGGGACACAUUGCCCCAGAAUACUUGUCUACAGGAAAAUCAUCUGAAAAGACAGAUGUGUUUGGUUAUGGUAUAACUCUAUUGGAAAUCAUAACUGGUCAACGUGCAAUUGAUUUCUCUCGGCUUGAAGAAGAAGAGGAUGUUCUAUUGCUGGACCACGUCAAGAAACUUCUUAGAGAAAAGAGGCUGGAAGACAUUGUGGAUGGAAACUUGAAAGACAACUACAAUCCCAAAGAGGUAGAGACUCUGGUUCAAGUUGCAUUACUCUGCACACAAGGUUCACCAGAAGAUCGUCCAAAGAUGGCAGAAGUGGUAUGCUUGCUUGAAGGAGAUGGUUUAGAAGAGAGAUGGGCCGAAUGGGAGCAACUUGAAUUAGUAAGAAGUCAAGAAUUCUCCCUUUUGCCUCACCAAUUCGAAUGGGCCGGAGAAUCCACAAAUGACCAAGAAGCCGUACAGUUGUCACAAGCAAGAUAGACAUUUUCGAAAGAUGAAGCAAAGUCUGAGUUAUAGUUUUAGUGUAUGGACCAAAUUAAGUACUGUUCUACAUGGUAUGAUGAGCUUGGAACUCUUUUUUGUCACCAUAACGGUUACCUUGUAAAAUAAUUUUGUAACCGACUUCUUCUUAUUUGUAUUUCAACUGUAGUUUUGUUUA